AUGAGGUUAUUAAGUUGGGCCUCAUUAGGCCUGAUCAGCCUCGUCGCUGCUGAUCCAAAUGCGACAUACGAAUCACGGAAUAUCCUGCCCUCGACAUUUACUCCGCCAAAGCACUUCCUCAACGUGAACCUGGUGCGGAAUAUCAACCUCGAGAAGAGCUAUCCCAGGGAGACUCUGAAUGUGGUUAUCGAGAACAUCGACAAGGCGGCGCAAAAGGAGUACUAUCUCCCAUUCGAGCAAGGGUUGUUAGGACGAAUUGGUGGAUUGGAAGCGAAGGACAAGAAGGAACCCGAGACGGGAUUGUUCCCAGUGGAGAUUAUUGGCAUCGAUUCGUCUAGCUCCACCGAGUUCUACAAGAUCACACUACCCAAAGCACUCCAACCAAAGGAGCAAAAGACACUCUCGAUCACAUACUUCACUCUUGCCGCCCUCGAGCCGCUUCCAGCGCAGAUCCAGCAGAACGACAAGCAGUAUGUCUCGCACAAAUUCUCCGCAUACGCACCGAGCGCCUACACGACCCUCAAGCAAAAGACGAAGUUGAAGCUCCCCACAACCGAUGUUCCAGAUGCCGUCACUCUCCCAGCAUCGCUGAACGCCGAAGGGAAGGAGGAUCCACAGAAUCAGGGCACGACAUACACGUAUGGUCCAUACGGCGAGCUUGAAGCAGGUGUGCUGCAAGAGGUCAGCGUGCGCUAUGAGUUCACCAAGCCCCUCACGCACAGCAAGCUGCUGGAGCGAGAUAUUGAAGUCAGCCACUGGGGUGGUAACAUUGCGACUGAGGAGCGACAUUGGCUCACAAACCGAGCGGCGACUCUGAAAAACCACUUCUCGCGAGUGCAGUACCAGCAGUCCAACUACUACAACCCACCAACCAGCGCACUCAAGGAGCUCAAGUUCCCACUUACCGUGGGCAGCGUUGAUGCAUACUUCACCGAUGACAUUGGCAAUGUGUCGACAUCAAGGUUCAGGGCGAAUGCAAAGGAGUCGAACCUCGAGAUCAAGCCAAGAUACCCUCUCUUCGGCGGCUGGAACUACAGCUUCCGCGUGGGCUGGAACGGCGACCUUCAGAAGUACGUGCGCGGCGUCAAGGAUGGCAGUGAUCAAUUCGUCCUCAAGAUCCCAUUCUUCGAAGGACCAAAACAAGGCGAGGGUCUUGAGUACGAGCGCAUCGUCACUCGUGUCAUCCUCCCAGAAGGUGCAAAGAACGUCGAAUUCGAGACCGCCGUCCCAAUCGUCUCCAGCAGUGUUGGCACAUACCGCAGUUUUAUGGACACCAUCGGCCGAACCACGCUCGAGCUGACUGCCAUCAACGUGGUCGACGAGUUCCGGGACCGAAAUCUGAUCAUCACCUACGAGUACCCAUUCGCCGCACGAUUCACGAAGCCAAUCACAAUCACGGCAGGCUUCUUCGCAGUGUUCGUGAUCGCGUACAUCGUGGGCAACCUAGACGUCAGCAUAGGCAAGAAGAAGCAAAGCUAG